GUGGCCCGUCUCUGCUAAAUACUCUCUGGCCAAAAGGAGGAAACGAGGAAUAAUGAUCAAAUCGGACAAACGUGCUGCCUGUAAGAUUCAGUAAUGGAUGUCAGUCGCUCCGUUCAAACGCUCAGAGAGUGGCUCGGCCUGGUGUGUGCGCUGUUUCUGCUAAUCGAUUCGGUUGUCGGAGAGCGUGCAAACGGAAUAAAAGAGCAGGAGUGUUAUAGUUACGCCAGUGGACACGUUUAUCCCGGAGAAGCCUUCCGUGUUCCAGUCUCUGAUCAUUCACUACACCUGAGCAAAGCCAAAAUUUCGAAGCCAGCACCACACUGGGAAGGAACAGCUGUCAUCAAUGGAGAGUUUAAGGACCUGAAACUGUCCGAUUAUAAAGGAAAAUACCUGGUCUUCUUCUUCUACCCACUGGACUUCACGUUUGUGUGUCCUACCGAGAUCAUCGCCUUUAGUGACCGCGUGCACGAGUUUAAGGCCAUCAACGCUGAGGUGGUCGCAUGCUCCGUGGACUCCCAGUUCACCCACCUGGCCUGGAUCAACACGCCCAGGAAGCAGGGAGGCCUUGGACCAAUGAAAAUCCCCCUUCUUUCUGACCUCACCCACCAGAUUUCCAAGGACUAUGGCGUCUUUCUGGAGGAUCAGGGACACACACUCAGAGGACUCUUCAUCAUCGAUGAUAAAGGCGUUCUGAGACAGAUCACUAUGAAUGACCUGCCAGUCGGCCGCUCUGUUGACGAGACCCUCCGACUGGUACAAGCCUUCCAGUACACUGAUAAACAUGGAGAAGUGUGCCCAGCUGGAUGGAAGCCUGGCAGUGAUACGAUUAUCCCAGACCCUGCAGGCAAACUCAAGUACUUUGAUAAACUCAACUGAGGUUAAUGAUUCACAAUUACUGUUUCAAAGAACAAACAAAAUAAAUGGAGUUUUGAUAAACCCGGAGUCUGUUUAAUCCCUGCACUGCAGUACGUGUCUGGUUGUUUGUAGGGCUGUAAAAGAAGCUUAUGUAUACAGUAUUUUUAACCAAACUGCUGGCCUGACAAACCGUUUGACAGUUUUGAUUGCACAGAGCUCUGAUUGCAAGUACAGGGGUGUUUUUCCUGAAAUUAAAAGAAAGCAAACUGAACCUUUUCUCCUUUCUAAUUGUGUUAGGAUUGAAUUACAACUACCACAAACAUUUCUGUUUAUUAUUAUAAUAGCCUUCUCUAACUGUGUGACACUAUGUGUCCUGUCCCUGUCAGGCUUAAAGGGCAAAGUGCAAACCUUUGAACAGUCUACAAA